AUGGCGGCCGCUGCAGCAGGAGGGUCCGCCCGCGGCGGGAGGUGGUAUGGCGGCCAGCGGGGGCCAGCAGCUGCUCCGCUACCAGUGCCAACAGAUGGUGCGCUUUCGCCGCUGAACUUCAGACGUUACGGCCGCACCGCCAUGAGCCCCAGACGUUCGCAGGCCGCUGACUGCGACCCUGCUGGCACUCGCCCUUCGAGGAGUGCGAUUCAAGCAGCACCUCGUCCCGUUCGUGCAGGAGUGCGUCGUGACGCAGCAGCAGCCAGCAGUGGCAGCUUCUCAUAUGCAGGUGCGCGCCGCGACGCAGCACACGUGAGCAGCAGCUCGGGUGCCGGUGCGCGUCGUGACGCAGAAGGGCGACAGUGGCCGCACCGCCUUUCGGACUCAGCGCCGGGCUUGUCCGCAGUCGUACCAGCGCUGGCGCCGAUGCCAGUUCAGGCGCCGAUGCCAGUGCAGGCGCCGGUGCUGCCCGCGCCGCCCGCCGGGCUUGCGCCGGCGCUGCCGGCAGCGUCGGCACACGCAGGGGCGCCGCCGGCACCCGCGCUGGAUCCCGCGCCAGCACCGCUGCAGCCCGGCGGGGCCCCCGCCGCCUCGACGGCUCCGGCCGCCGCCGCGGCCGCGCCCGCGGCGCCAGAGGGCUCUCUGGUCGCUGCCACUGAGCCGGCGCCAGAGCCUCCCGCAAGCCGUGCAGCCCUCGUCGAGAUCACGAACACGGUCGCCACGUCGAGGCCAAGACGGCAGGCCCACGACGUCCCGGGGAACCGCGCCGCGCAGGAGUAUGCUGGUGACCACCUGAAGCAGAUGCUGCUCAGGGAGCUGGACUUCACGCCCAAUAGGGAUUUCAUGCAAACGCAGCCGCACAUCAACGCGCAGAUGAGAGCUAUGCUCAACGACUGGCUCAUCGGCCUAUGCAUGAUGCUGGGGAUGCGCCGAGAGACCCUCUGGCUGACGGUGAACCUGGUGGACCGCUAUCUGUGCUGCGUGGAGGUGAUGAUGCAGCACCUGCAGCUGGUAGGCGUGUCCGCCCUGCUCGCGGCAGCGAAGUUCGAAGAGGUGAACCCUCCAGAGGUGAAGGACCUCGCAUACUACACCGCGAACACAUACACAAGAGAGGAGAUCAUACAGUGCGAGGCCUCCAUAUUGGUGUCCCUCAGCUUCAAGGUCGCGGGCCCCACGGCGGCGCACUUCCUCGUCCACUUUCAGGUGGCCAGCGCAGAGCCCGGCGAGGGCGGCCAGCCUCUCCGCGACGACCUCCGGGCCGACCUGGAGUGGCAUCUCCUCGAGUGUGCGCUGCAAGACUACCGCACGGUCGGACAGAGGCCCUCCAAGCUGGCGGCCUCUGCCCUGGUGCUGAGCAGCGAGCUCUCGGGCCGCCGGCAGGCGUGGCCCGAGACCCUCGCCCGCGUCAGCGGCCACUCCCAGGAGUCGCUGGAACCCUGCGUGGCCCUGCUGCGGGACCUGCUCGCCGCCGGCGUGCGCAGCAGCACUGCCCCGGCGGCGGCGCGCUGA